CUAUAAAACAGGAGCCGAGCGUGAGCUGUGUCGGGAUCGGCUGAAAUCUCGCACUGUACCUGCUCGGCUCGACCAUGGCAAAGAAGCGUGUGGCUGUCAUCCUGUCUGGCUGCGGGGUUUAUGACGGCUCCGAGCUGCACGAAUCCUCGGCAGUCAUGGUGCAACUCAGCCGAGCUGGGGCCGAGGUACAGCUCUACGCCCCUAAUGUGAACCAGAUGCACGUCGUGAACCAUUUGACCGCCAGGCCCACCGAGGAGGUGCGCAAUGUCCUGGUAGAGAGCAGCCGGAUUGCCAGGGGCCAAUCAAAGGACCUGGCCGAGCUCAGGAUCAACGACACGGACGCACUGAUCAUCCCAGGUGGGUUUGGUGUUGCGAAGAAUCUGAGCAGCUGGGCAGUCAAAGGAAAGGACUGCAGUGUGGAGGGAUCAGUGGAAUCAGCAAUAAAGAAAUUCCAUGCUACAAAGAAACCCAUUGGUCUCUGCUGUAUCUCUCCUGUGUUAGCAGCUAAGCUCAUCCCUGGAUGUGAACUAACUGUGGGUUAUGACACAGAAUGUGAGAAGUGGCCUUAUGCCAAAACAGCCCAGGCAUUGAAAGAUCUAGGCUGCCAACACAUCAACAAACAUGUCAAUGAAAUACACGUCGAUAAGAAAAAUAAAUUGGUGACGACUUGUGCCUUCAUGUGCAAUGCCCCCAUCCAUGAGAUUUAUGAUGGAAUUGGGGAAAUGGUGAAAGAAGUCUUGAAACUUGUAUAAACCAUGAAUUAAAUAAAUGUUUCUCAUGGAAUUUUCAAAGAGCAUAAAACUACAAAACUUGUUAGAAUGUGUAUUUAUUGGUACAACUGAUCAAAAUGAUUUGUUUUGAGGAAAUACUUAUAGAUGUAUGUCACUGUUGUGAAAGAAAACUGAAACCAUAAUUUCAAAGAUUAAUGGAAUACAGUUCCUCCUCGGGUUAUGGCAGGAUUCCGUUCAUGUGAACUGUCUGCAAACCGAACGGUUCGCAAGUAUUAAAUGUGGCUGUGAACCAUUCCCAGGUGGUGGAAGAUGCCUGCAGCCCUGCAGCAACCGGCAAAUCCAUCCUGCCAAUCUCCCAAAUGCUUGUUUGUAUGUACAGUCUGUACAUAUGUCCAGCGUUUGUAACCUGGGAAGGACCUGUAUUAUUACUUGCAUUUCAUUUUCUGGAGACAAAGUACAAAAUAUGUGUCUGCAAAACAAAUUAUUAAAGUAUUCAAUAUGUGAAAA